AUGAUAGAGUUGCCGAGAUGUGUUUCAGAUGAAUCAGGUGACUUGAUUCCGCAGCCCCUUAAGGCCAAGAGUAAGCAUGUUGUCCAUCUAAAGAGGCCAACAAUAGAACAAGAAAAGAAACUUCAAAUUAAGAAGAUCCCAAAGAAAUUAUAUGGGGAUCAUUUGAAGGAAUGGCGAGAGCAUCGUCAACGAGUCCUUCACAUGACGGGUGAAGUGGAUAACAGGCCGCCUGGCUUUCAAGCAGCUCGUGCCACAGGUGUUCAUACAUUGCGAGAGAAUGCCGUUUGUUACAUGGAGCGCACCAAGAAAAACAUCCAGAUGCUGGUCGAAUUGUCAAAGACGAAACGCACCCAUGGCGUGAUUAAUCCAUUUCGCUACGAGCGUGUUUAUACUAUGUCAGCGCUGCCAAUUGCGCUUAAAAACUUGGAUCGCAUUGAGGAAGAGAAUUUGGAUAUUGCCAAACGCAUACUCCAAGUUGUUGCCGAGAUCGAUACGGGUAUCAAGUCGAAUAAGGGUUUCAUAUUCAAUCGGAAAAGCUUCACUGAUUUGCCAUUCCAAAUAAAUGAAGGCUCUUUGGACAAGUACAAGGGCUUUAACUUCCAUAUGCCCGAGACGAACAAGGAGCGCUGGCAACUGUUCCGACCGCGCAUAUACUUUGACAUGUAUCUCAAGGAUGCGCGACCGCUCGGACGCGUUGUCAUUCAACUCUACACGGAGGCAGCUCCGGUUGUGGUCUUGGAAAUCGUUCGAGCCUGCAUGUCCAACAUGUACGACAAAUUCGUAAUCAAACGUUUGUUUCCCUCCCUGUGGUUCGACGUCAAACUCUCACUUGAUAGCAACUCGCCGCUGUUGCGGCCCUUGGAGUAUGAUGCUAAGAUCAUCGAUCAUGGCGCCUACGGUCAUGUACUCUCGUUCAGCAAAGAGCACUUGCAGGGCUUUCGUGACCACUUAUCCUUCGCCCUCUCCUUUAAACCUCUCAGAGUGGUAAACGGUUCCCGUGUUGGCUUCGGCCGUGUUAUCAAGGGCAGCAAGAUCAUCGAUUGUCUCCAGAGCUAUGGCACCAAGAAUGGCAAAUUAUUCCGCAGCAUUAUCUUUACCGGCUGUGGGUUUCUUUAAAUUUUUGUAUGUAGUGUUAUCCAAAUUUGCUGUAUUGUGUAAUAAAGUUGUUGUAUGGUUGUCUA